GAUCGUCUUCUGUGGCAUGUGCUGUCAGAAGUACAUCAAUACGAACAUGGACGAGCGGUCCGUCACCACAGUCAGAUAUGUGAUGAAGGUGUUAGCCAACGGAUCAGAAACCAUCAUCUUUGUAUUCCUCGGCAUCUCGGCCAUUGAUAAGACAAUCUGGGUGUGGAACACGGGCUUCAUCCUGCUCACGCUCUUCUUCAUCUUCGUUUACAGAUUCAUCGGGGUCUUUUUCCUCACCUGGAUCCUGAACAGGUACCGACUGGUCCGAGUGGAGUUCAUAGAUCAGCUGAUCAUGAGCUACGGUGGCCUGCGAGGCGCUGUCGCAUACGGCCUGGCUACGAUGCUAGAUGAGGCCAAGAUAAAGGAGAAGAAUCUGAUGGUCUGCACUUCUCUAAUCGUCGUGUACUUUACUGUAAUUCUUCAGGGAAUAACAAUGAAGCCUCUGGUCAACUGGCUUAAAGUAAAGAGGGCUGCAGUGACUGACAUCACACUCGUAGAAAAGCUCCAAAACAAGGUGUUCGAUCACAUGCUUGUAGCAAUAGAAGAUAUCUCCGGACAAAUAGGACAUAACUACAUGAGGGACAAGUGGAAUCACUUUGAGGAAAAGUGGAUGUCGAGGAUUUUGAUGAAGCCGUCGGCGAGGAAGAGCCGCGACUACGUCUUCAACGUCUUCCAUCAGCUGAAUCUCAAGGAUGCUAUGAGCUACGUGGAGGAGGUGAGGAGCAAAAUCAGUCUCGAGGCGAUUCAAGUGUAA